AUGCCUCCAGAAGACAGUGACCUCCGUACCUUUAGGUCGAGUCUCAGACAAGAAGCCCAACCUGACUUCACAUUGAUCAUCGGCGACUUCAGUUGGACUGUUCAUACCAAGAAGCUCCUGAAGUCUACCUUCUUCAAGAUGCUCUGCACUGGCAACGGCGCUAGUAUCCAGCGUAACAUCACUCUUAGCAAUGUCGAACCAGUCCUGAUCGGCCAUUUGAUCCUAUGGCUUUAUACAGGAGACUACGUCGAUGGAAACGGUACGGACGAUGAUAGCGACGUCGUGUCCAACAAGGCCGGCAUCGACAUCAACAUUAUCAUGCGCAACGGAAAAGCCAACAAAAUUGCUCAACAAUCUCACUCAUCUCCAGAACUUGGAUUGGCCGGAGCACCCUUUCCAUUCACAAAGGAAGAGGAGACUUGGCCGAUCCCGGUUGCAAUUCACGCCAAGAUGUACGUCCUGGCAGAGAGAUACGGUAUCAGCGAGCUUUCCAUCAUGACCGUCGAAGAACUCACCAACGAGCUCAGCUGGAAUGACACCGUCUUCCUCCCAUCCAUUGAGUAUUUGUUCGCAACCCCAAAACAAAUCACCAACGGUGGCGACCCAUCAAACCCAACCACGAAUGGCACGAAAGGUACGAACAGCACGAACGACGACAAAUCCACCAUCUGGAAGAACCCCGCGAAAGGCUCCAACAUGUUUGAGCUGCUGGUCAACAAUACCUCAAGCGAUGCAUCCCGGCUGCACCAGACUUAUCUGGCCGACCCGAUCUUCCAGAAGGUGUUCCGGGAGAAUUCGGAUUUCGCCCUCGAGGUCCUCAAGCGCGUGGCCGCCGAACUGCACGACACCAAAGACCAGUUCGCCAAAUUGAACGAGACGAUUGAGACGCCCAAGGCCAAGAAGGGUCGCAAGAAGAGAGUCGCCAGCACCAGCUUGGAGAAGGAAGGUGGUUGA